AUGAAGGUGGUGGCUUUAGUAAGCGGCGGCAAAGACAGCUGUUAUGCCAUGAUGAAGUGUAUCCAAUAUGGCCACCAGAUUGUUGCAGUGGCAAAUUUGAUGCCGGCUGAUGAUUCGGUGGACGAGCUUGAUAGCUACAUGUAUCAAUCUGUUGGACACCAGAUAGUUGUCAGCUAUGCAGAAUGCAUGGGAGUUCCGUUGUUCAGAAGGCGAAUCCAAGGAUCCACAAGGCAUCAGAAGCUUAGCUAUAGAAUGACUCUUGGGGAUGAAGUUGAAGAUAUGUUUUUUUUGUUAAAUGAAGUGAAAAGACAGAUCCCUUCUGUCACAGGCGUAUCGUCCGGUGCUAUUGCAUCAGACUAUCAAAGGCUGCGGGUGGAAAGUGUCUGUUCUAGGUUAGGGCUUGUUUCUCUAGCAUACCUGUGGAAACAAGAUCAGUCAUUGCUUCUUCAAGAAAUGAUAACUAAUGGGAUUGUGGCGAUUACAGUGAAGGUUGCUGCCAUGGGGUUGGAUCCCUCAAAGCACUUGGGCAAAGAAAUGGCAUCCUUGCAGCCCUAUCUGCAUAAGUUGAAAGAGUUGUAUGGGAUUAAUGUAUGCGGUGAAGGAGGGGAAUAUGAAACGUUGACACUGGAUUGCCCUCUCUUUGUUAACGCUCGAAUUGUGCUGGAUGAGUUUCAAGUUAUACUGCACUCAACAGAUUCCAUAGCUCCAGUUGGGGUGCUUCAUCCCUUGGCUUUUCAUUUGGAAAAUAAGGCACAAUCCUAUUCUUUUGGAAGCAGUGACAAAACCCAUGAGAUGUAUCAUGAGAAGAAGGGUUUUGUAUGUGAAGUGCAAGGAGACCAUCCCCAAGGAUGUGAUGCUGCAUGCCAGGAUGAUGCCCCAGUUAACAAUUUGGUUGAACUUGCUGAACAUAAACCUCACAUUUCAAGAACACAAAAGGGUGAUACGUUUUCUAUUUGUUCCUGGUUGCAAGAUUCAUGUACAACUUCCACAGGUUUGCAAGAAGAUCUGGAGGCUGUUUUAAAGAAAAUUGAAUCACUACUUGUAGAAAAUGGUUUUGGUUGGGAAAAUGUUCUGUAUAUUCAUCUUUAUAUUGCUGAUAUGAAUGAGUUUGCUACAGCAAAUGAUACAUAUGUGAGGUAUAUAACUCAGGAAAAGUGUCCUUUUGGAGUUCCAUCCCGCAGUACAAUUGAACUGCCUUUGUUGCAAGUGGGUUUAGGUAGUGCUUACAUGGAAGUUUUUGUGGCAAAUGACCAUACCAAAAGAGUUCUACAUGUACAAAGUAUAUCUUGUUGGGCACCCAGUUGUAUUGGACCAUAUAGCCAGGCAACUUUGCAUAAGGAGAUACUUCACAUGGCUGGACAGUUGGGACUCAACCCUCCCACAAUGACAUUAUGCCAAGGAGGCGCCAUUGAUGAGCUGGAAAAAGCACUUGAAAACAGUGAAGCAGUGGCUAAAUGCUUUAACUGUUCAAUAUCUACUUCAGCUAUUGCCUUCGUCAUUUACUGUUCAACAAAAAUUCCAUCAACAGAGAGAUUUAAAAUCCAGGACAAGCAGGAUGCGUUCCUUAAACAAACAAGGGUCUUCAAUUUGGAUACAGGAACCAAUUCUGAAGCAUUUGAUCCCAUUUUUCUAUAUGUCCUUGUCCCUGAUCUGCCAAAAGGGGCCCUUGUAGAAGUUAAGCCCAUUCUGUUUGUUGCAGACGAUAUUGAAGAACCAACUGGAGAUGUGAAAGAGCAAUCUUGCUCAAGCACUCCUGGUUACUGGGGUUUUCAGCAUGCAGAGUGGCAUGAUUCUUGUUUUCAGAAAUGUGUUGUUCCUGGAAAAUUAUGUACAGUCAUUUUGUCUGUGAGUAGUGAACCUGCUGCGACCAUCUGUCAUGACCAUCUAGUUGGUGACAAGAACAAAUGGGAUAAUCAAAAUUCUCUCACAGAGUGGCAGAUGGAUAGAGUGUCAAGAUUUUGCAUAUAUCUUCUUGAUAAAAUUAUCACGGAGAGCGGUUUCUUAUGGGAUGACACAAUGUAUUUGAGGUUCUACUUUCCAACAAGUCUUCAAAUGCCUGCAAAUGCACUCUCACUCAUGUUCACCAAUGCAUUCGAUGAACUUGCUGCAAUGGGUCGGAUAAUCAAGACUGGCAAGGAACCCAUCUUCAACCUUGUUCCCGUCUUAGGUGCCGGGAGGUCUUCAGCAUCCAUGGAUGAUAUAAUCACCUGUGAACUUUUAGCUCGGAAGUCCUGA